UCGUUGCGUCACCAAAUUCGGAUCUGAGCUCGCGCUGUCCGCUACAUCAGUUCAGGUGAUCGAGCUCCAUCUAAAUCGCUCUACUCCCGUUUUUUUGGCUUGGGAAACCUUCUUGCUAAAAGAUCAGGAUACAGUUUUUGUUUAAUGUACCGAAACCUACAUUUUUUUUGUUUUACAAAUUUCAAAAUAAUCUCAUAAUCCUUAAACAAGGAUACAAACCCGGGACAAUUAGAACUUGGCGCUCAGUCUGUUAUUGGCCAAGAAAGAGAAGAGAAGAGAGAAGAGAGAGAGAGAGAGGCCCGUUUCUGUGGCGGAGAACAGGGACCUGGGGUUCAGAGGUAGGCUACUGACGCAUCUUAAGCGAAUCGUUAAUGCGGACUGCAUGCCCCAUCACAUUUUCUUUACUGGCACACCGGGGCGGCAGGGGGAAAGAAAAGUGGCAGUUGUCUAGCGGGUUCUCAUGCACUAACAGUUGCGAUCAACAGAAUUUGUUUUAAUUCUUUGUCUCCAUUCAAGUUCGCGCUCCAGACGAAGCCGACAUCUGUUUUUGAUCAGCGGGGCUUCGUGGCGGAUCAAGACACACAGAAGAGUCGCUUUGUGACAAAUACUCCGUUGAACUGAUCAUCGACCCGGGCUGAACUUGCCGUAUUAUUCUGAAGUGUUCGCGCUUGUCCACGGGAUUUUCAGCGCACAGCUUUCACAAUGCAGCCCGCUGUGUGGAUACUCUUAGUGACUCUUAUCAACAUACCAGAGGGUCAUGGGCAGUCUGUGCAGAUGGACCCAGAGGUAUCUGGCUUCGUGGGCUCUACAGUGGAGCUGAGCUGCCUCUUCAUCAACAGCAAACCCCCGGUGAAGAUCUCGCAGGUCACUUGGCAGAAGUCCUUCAAUGGCACCAAGCAGAAUGUGGCCAUCGCCAACCCAGCACUAGGUGUCUCUGUGCUGCCUGCUUUUAAAGACCGAGUCAGCUUUAAGCAUUUGGGCGCACAGUCAAAUCCUUCACUUGAGGACACCACCAUUGUUUUUAGCAACCUGCGCCUUUCAGAUGAGGCUGCCUACAUCUGCGAGUACACCACUUUCCCAGCAGGCAACAGAGAAAACAUGGUCAAUCUCACUGUCUACGCACGUCCCAUGACGCAUAUGACCCUCACAACACCCAUCAUCAUCGCACGGCCCCAGAAGCAUAAGAUGACAGUUGCCACAUGUCUGUCAGCCAAUGGAAAGCCACCUAGUGUGAUUAAGUGGGAUACCAAACUAAACGGCGAAGCCAUGUUCCAGGAGACACGUAACCCCAAUGGCACAGUCACUACACGCAGCAGCUAUGUUAUUGUGCCAAGUCGUGAGUGUCACCGGCAGAAACUCACAUGCAUUGUGACCUAUAACAAUGAACACUUCAGUGACAGUGUCGUCCUCAAUGUUCAGUAUGAACCCGAGGUAAAGAUUGAAGGUUUUGAUGGAAAUUGGUAUCUGAACCGUCAGGAUGUAAAACUCACUUGUGAUGCAGAUGCAAAUCCAGCUGUCACCAGCUACCAUUGGAAACUAUCAAAUGGAUCAAUGCCCAAGAAUGUGGAAAUCAGGAACAACACGCUGGUCUUCAGGGGGCCCGUGACAUAUGACUUCAGUGGCACGUACAUAUGUGAUGCCACCAACAGCAUCGGUACUCGCUCUGGCCAAGUCGAGGUCAACGUGACAGAACUCCCCAGUCAUAUCCCUCGAGACAACGAUGGCAAUGAGCAGAAGCAAACCGCACCCAGUGCUGCAUUAUGGGGCGGUGUGGGUGCUGUGGUUGUACUGGUCAUUGGUGUUGCGUUGCUCAUCUACUUCCUGCGACGCCGACAGCGCACCUUCAAAGGGGACUACAGCACCAAGAAGCAUGUCUUUGGCAAUGGCUACAGUAAGGCGGGGCCUGUGCCUGCCCAUCCCAAUGUGCCCAAAAACCUGCAGUACCCAGAUGACCCAGACGACGAGAAGAAGGCCUCGCAGAUUGGGGGGCCAGGAUCAUUUGAGGGCACAGAACAUGAUUUCGAUGGUAACUCUGAAGACCUAAAGAGACCUUAUUUCACUGUGGAUGAAGGUGAGAGUCAUGAUUAUGAUGAGCGGACUCUAGCUUUCCAGUAUGAGCCUGAGGCUGAGAUUGCUGAUGAUAUGGUUUCCCAAACUGACGGCUCUGUCAUUUCAAAGAAAGAGUGGUAUGUGUAGUGUAGCAACAAAAAUGAGAUCAACAUUAGCCUGCUAUUACAUGCAUUCUACCACACCCCUUCAUCUCCAUCACUAGAAGCCUUCUACCCAUCCCAGUCCUUAUUCCAUCCCUCAUCCUCCAAACCGGCAACCUCUGCCCCAUCAAAAUACAUUUAAUGGAACAUGAACAUGAAAAAAAAAAUGCUUGCAGCACUGACAAAUCAACAUCGUAAUAUUUACACAUGCUAACGGCUUAACCUGGUACAGCAGUGAAAAGAGGUGUGAUCGUUCACUCAUGCCAAUCACAAUUGACUCCUGAAGCUGUACAGGCCAUUUGCUUGAAACUUUUAUGGUGCAUUAUUAUUAAUAUAAUUUGUCUUUCUUUUUUUUUUUUUUUUUACAAUUCUAUCAUUGUAUUAAAUGUAUUAAAACAGACUUUGUAAUGAGUGAGUUUUCACCCAUCUUGUGAAAGUCCUACACUGGAUGUAUUAUAUUUUUUAAAAACUGUUUUACUAUCAGUACCUGUGUCUUUUCAAAUGUGAUGAUUAUUUUGUAAUGUCUUCCCACUUUAUGGGUGUUAAAAUAUUGAAAAUAUUGAGGUGAUGUUUAAAUGGAUAGCUGAGAGGCAUGUGGUUAGUUGCUUUAGAGUGAUAUUAAAUGAUGUUUUAUCUUAAGGAAGAAAGAUAAGACAAUAAUAUCUUUAUUGUCAUUUAUACAAGCACACAAGGUUCUGGUACGUUUCCAAAGACAUGUAUGGCAAUUUAGAUUUAAAUUAAGCCUUGUUUGUACGUAGCUUGGGAUGCCAUUCAAUCCUUUACCUUAUUCAGGCAGACAAGCACAGAUGAUUAACUGGCUUCUCACUUCAUGCCUCAUGAGAGUGCUAUUACAGAGGAGUGUGACCUCAUGCGAUCUUUCUCCUGUUACGUAUCUCUGUUGACAUUACAAAGUAUUAAAAUAUUUUAAUACUUUGACAAUGUACGUUUCACUAUGAUAUACUAGAUGAUAUAAAUGUACUAUGGACUUUUAAUACCUGAGUAUCAGGUUUCUCUUUUUUUUGUGGUUCUGUGGUGAUAUGGGGUAAUCAUUUGUAGAGAUGGAACAUUGGAACAUGUUGGAGACUACAGUAUACAUAUUAAAAAUAGGGCUUAAUAUGUUAUACAAUUUUGUGACAUGCAUUUAUAUGAUUGUACGCUUAUCAUUAGGUGGUCAAAGCGGCAUGAUAAACAUUAAAGUUAAACCUUUCAGAAAAAUGAAUUUUGACAUUUGUGGGUCGAAAUGAGGUUAUCUGCACAUACAGUAGGUCAUGUACUUAAAUGUUGUCCGUCCUUGAUGGUUUGGUAAUUUUUUCCUUUAAAUCUCUAUUUAGGGUCACAGCAAAAAAUUUUAUUGUGUCCUGGCAAAAAUAUUGACACUAGAUUAAUGUAAACAUCUGUGCAACAUAACCUUUAAUUAUUCAAUUAUUCACCAUUGCUUGUGCCACUACCAUUUAUAUAAAUUCAUAAAAUUAUUGUUGGUAAAAAAAAAAAAUAAAUAAAAAACAAUAAUAAAGAAA